AUGUCUGAUAUAGUUGCCAACGCUACAGGUAAUAUCACGUCUAGUAACCCAAAGCUCCAACGAACAAUUGCCCGUUUCAAGGCCAAGGUGGCUGCCGGCGACUUCUAUGAAGCCCAUCAGACCCUUAGAACAUUGAUCAACCGUGCCACUAAGUCUCACCAACUUGGACAUGCUGUCGAUUUGAUCUACUAUGGCUCUCUAAUCCUUGUGGAGCACUCACAAUACGCUUCUGCAUCUGAUCUCAUUUUGCUACUUUUUGACAUUCUUGGAAAAGAUUCUGAAGAGGCCGAGAAAUUGGAAACUUCUGAAAUCACAAAUAAAUUGAUCACUAUUUUGAGCAAGUUCCCAGCCAAUGAGGUUAGUCUCAAGAAAUUAUCAGCAGAAACUAUCAAUUGGUCUGCAUCCAAUACCGAGUAUAAAUUUGGUGACCCAAAGAUCCACGAUCUUAUCGGCGACAAGUACCUUCACAACCCAACCCCAGAGAACUUAACAGAAAAUUACGUAGUGGCAAUGAACCACUUAAUAUUGGGUACCAAAGCCUCAUUUGAUAACGUCGCGGAGUUGGUCUGGAGCUGGUACUGUGAUGCGACUGAUUCGGUAGCCGGCGCGCAAGUCUUGGGGAUCCCAGCAGUCAAUUACGCAAUUCUUAAAAACAUCGACGCCGCUAAGAAGUUCAUCGAUGUAUUAGCCGAUAAAUUACAGGCAUCUCUGGCCGUAAAAGAAUUAUCAGUCGAUGAGUUCUGUAAGAUACGUUAUUUCGAAGCUCCUGAGCUUGGAUUUUUGAAUUUCAUUCAAUUGGCGAUCUUGUGUAUCCAAACUGGUAAUAAAGAUUUUUUCGUUAAAUUGAAGAACGAAUACAGAUCCGUGCUUGUGGGAGACUAUAAACCUGCCGUUGAUAAGUUGGGAUCGGUAUAUUUUAAUAUCCAAGCUCCAAAACAAGUUAACUUCCUCCAAGAGAUGAUGAGCGGCUUUUUGAAAUGA